UUAUUAUUUAUGUUAGUUUCUAUUUUCUUUUCUGUUUAUUACAUAUUUUUCAGAGAUCAAAAUUCUUUGAUAGAACUUUUAACUUGAGAAGUCGCUAUUUGAGCUUCCGCCUUGCUUUGUUGGUUUUUCUUGUUAUACCUCCAACUGCCAUUGAUUUUUGUUUUCGUCGUUACAAAAUUUUUUAAUAAAACAUUAAUACAAUGAGUGGUGUGGAAGAAGCAACUGAUAUGAGCGUAUUCAUUUCUUUGCUAAUGAGGGUGGCAAGAGCUUUUUUCCAAACACAUCACAUUGUAAUACUGGAUCAGCUCACUAAACAAGAAGCCAUGAGCGACGAAAACUUGGCGAAAGGCGUUGGUCUUAACGUCAAAGAGAUCCACAAGUUUUGCGGUACUCUAAAAGAAGCACGUCUCAUUAAAACGUUCACAAAAGCUGAACCAAAGAAAGCAGAACAGCGGGCAAUUCCAAGAACUUAUUAUUAUGUUGACUGGCAACAGGUUGUCAAUGUUAUCAAAUGGAAAAUUUUUAAAAUCCGUGAGAUGGUCGGCGAUCGUAUGCGAAGUGAACAAGAAAAUAAGGGAUAUUUAUGCCCAGGUUGCAAAAAAGUAUUUGCACCUCUUGACGUUCAUAAUCUCUUUGAUCCUAUUCGUCAGACAUUUAUAUGUGAUUUAUGUCAUUCUGAAUUGGAUCAUAAUGACAAUGCCGAAAACGUCAAAGGAUCCGAGAAGCUUCAUGGAAGAUUCAUGGAACAAAGUAAACCGAUAAUCGAUUUAUUGAAAACUAUUGAUAAAUUACGAAUCCCUGUUUCUUCAAUUGAAAAACUACAAGCUGGAUCAGGUGCAAAAAAUGGACAACCAGGUUCUACUCAGGAACAUGAUGUACAAUAUGCCCAAGACACCAUGCAACAAAUGGGAGGGGAUAUUGUCGUUGUGUUUCAGGAUGAUAAUGAGACUUCAAAAAUAGAACGACAAGCGGAACUUGAAAAAAAGCGACAACAAAAUGCGUUACCUGCUUGGCAUGUUCGUAGUACAGUUUCAGGUGAAAUGAUGGUUUCGAAUGCUUGGAAUUCAGGAGCAAACAAAGAAAUUGAAGAGCAAAAGGUGGAAAAUAUUAGAGUUAACGAAAAAGAAGAUGAGGGACAUGGCCGAUAUUUAGAAGAAUAUUAUGCUAAUUAUAAUCAAGAUACUGAAUCACCAAAUGUUGAGGAAAUCGAUGAUGAUGAUUUUGAGGAAGUAGAGAUUGAAGAAGAGUUUGAGGAAGUCGAAAUGGCCUAUAAUAGUCGUGAGGAUGAGGAUGAUGAUCUUGAUGUGGUCGAUCUGGAAAGUUCACAUCGAUAUGAUAAACGAUUGAGAACAGAUGAUGGUUAUGGGAAAUACUCCGAAAAUGGCAACAGGAAGAUUAAUGGUAGCCAUUAUUGAUAAAAAUUUUUAUUCUUAAUUGUAUUUAUUGAAUAUGAUUAUUAUCCAAGAUCUCCAGUUAGAAAAAGAGCUUUAGAGAGUCUCUAUACACGAAUGAGAUAAUAACUUUAUCUAGAUUUUUUUUUUUUUUU